GAUCGAUCUGUCAAGCGGCGCCUUUUCUCUGAAAACAUCCCGUUCGGCGCUCGGGGCUGCGAAAUCUAUAUAAAGGACCUUUCCUUUCUAAAGCCUUCCAUUUAAUUGGCUUUAUCGCAAAAUUAUCGAUUUUCACACAAAGAAUAGACGGAUCUUGCUUUUCCUGAUUGAUGUAAGUGGCAGCCAUGAGCGACAGCCACCCUCUACGCCCGCUGGGCUCGGCGGCUGAGGUCGACCACAUGCACCUCCUGUCCGAGCAGCUGGCAGCGUUGGUGCCCGCCGAGGAAUACAGCGACGUCACGUUUCUCGUGGAGGAAAAGCGGUUUCCUGCUCACAGGGUCAUUCUGGCUGCUCGUUGUCAGUACUUCAGAGCCCUGCUGUAUGGCGGGAUGAGAGAGUCUCAGCCGCAAGCCGAGGUCCGCCUGGAGGACACCCGGGAGGAAGCGUUCUCCAUGCUCCUGCGCUAUCUGUACACAGGCCGAGCCAUCCUGAGCGAGGCAAAAGAGGAAACGCUGCUGGACUUCCUAGGCUUGGCGCACCGCUACGGCCUGCAGCCACUGGAGGCCUCCACCUGUGACUACCUGCGCACGCUGCUCAACGCGCAGAACGUGAGUCUGAUCUUUGACGUGGCCAGUCUGUACCACCUGAGCAGCCUGGCUGAGGCAUGUUGCUCCUACAUGGACCGGCACGCCGUGGAGGUGCUCAAGUCCGACGGCUUUCUCGCACUUUCCAAGUCUGCCCUGCUGACGGUGGUGCGGCGAGAUUCGUUCGCGGCCAGCGAGAGGGAGAUCUUCCAGGCGCUAUGCCGCUGGUGCAAACAGAACAGCGAGGACCCCGGAGCACGCGAUGUGAUGUCAGCGGUACGGCUGCCCUUAAUGAGCCUGACCGAAAUGCUGAACGUGGUCCGGCCCUCUGGCCUCCUGAGCGCCGACGAGCUGCUCGACGCCAUCCAGACUCGCUCGGAGAGGAGGGACAUGGAGCUCAACUACCGCGGCAUGCUCGUGCCAGAAGAGAACAUAGCCACAAUGAAGCACGGCGCCGUGGUAGUUAAAGGGGAGUUGAAGUCGGCUCUGCUGGACGGAGACACUCAGAACUACGACCUGGACCAUGGCUUUACCAGGCAUCCGAUAGAAGAGGACGGACGCAGUGCAGGGAUCCAAAUCCGUCUGGGCCAGCCGUCUAUCAUCAACCACGUCCGCCUGCUGCUCUGGGAUAAAGACAGCAGAUCUUACUCGUACUACAUCGAGGUGUCUAUGGACGAGCUGGAUUGGGUGCGUGUGGUGGAUCACUCCAAGUUCCUGUGUCGCUCCUGGCAGAACCUCUAUUUCCAACCCCGUGUUUGCAGGUUUAUCCGUGUUGUUGGGACACACAACACCGUGAACAAGGUCUUCCAUCUGGUGGCUCUGGAGUGUAUGUACACACAGCAUCCUUUCAUCCUGGAGAGCGGCCUUCUGGUCCCCAGUGAGAACAUAGCGACGGUUCAGACGUGUGCGAGUGUGGUGGAAGGCGUGAGCCGCUGUCGAAAUGCCCUGUUAAACGGAGACACAAGCCACUACGACUGGGACUCGGGAUACACCUGCCACCAGCUGGGCUCCGGAGCCAUCGUCAUCCAGCUCGCCCAGCCUUACCUAAUCAGCUCCAUAAGGUUGUUGUUGUGGGACUGCGAUGAGCGAAGUUACAGUUACUAUGUGGAGCUCUCUGCUAAUCAGCAGCACUGGGUCAGAGUGGUGGAUCGCACUCGAGUGGCAUGCAGGUCAUGGCAGACUCUGCGUUUUGAGAGACAGCCGGCUUCCUUCAUUCGCAUUGUGGGGACACACAACACUGCUAAUGAGGUGUUUCACUGUGUGCACUUUGAAUGCCCGGCUCAACUGGACACUGAGGUCAAAGAGGGCACACCGGGCUUGGAUCACCCAAACAAACCACAGUACCCGCAUGCUCAGCACUCCCAGCCACAGGGCCUCUCCUCCCAGAGAUCCUCCACUUCGUCUUUGCACACAUUAGGAAUGUGAAUCUUGCAGUUGUUUUUUUUUUUUUUUUUGCUCAAACACACCAGGCGCUUAUGUCGUAGGAUUGUGUUCCAGCGUCACGUGCUGCUAAUAGUAUCUAAAAAAUAUAUUUAUUAUGAAGGUGUUUAGUUCUAGUAAAGGGGAAGAUGAUGAUGGUGGUAUUUAUGAAGGCAUUGCUGUAUAUAGGCAUUUCGUUUAUUCUGUUCCAUCUACUCCACAGUCUUUUGUUUUGUUUUAUUGUGGGUAUCACUUUUAAUGAAUGUCAUCUUUUUUUUUUUUCCUUUUUUCUGGAAGAAUGCAUGAUAUUAGAAGUGAAAAUAUCAAAAUAUGAGUAUUGCUUUCUUUUUUUUUAAUAUAUAUUACAAAUAGUAGACAGUAAGACACAACAGACACAAAAACUGGAGUUCCAUAGAAUGUAGACAUGAAAGAGCAGGGUUAAAAAGGUGUGUGUGUGUGUGUGUGUGUGUGUGUGUGUGUGUGUGUGUGUGUGUGUGUGUGAGAGAGUGUAAAUGCAGAACACCCAGAAUUGUUUUACAUUGUUCUUAUUGCUUAUAGACAGGGUAAUAAGAUACAAAAAAAUGCCAGGGUGGUAAUUUCAUACAACGUAAUGAAACUGUAAAACACUUUGUCCCUGUUAUCACUUACGGUAUAGCAGGUAUCACCAGCCUCUUCCUUUUUUUGACACUGUUUUUGAAUAAGGCAAAGCACAAGCUGCCCCUUGAGAUGUGCAUGAGUCUAAAAAAAUUUUGAAUACAACUAAAAGAACUCAUUUGCUGGAUCGGGAUCUGAUCAAACAGUGUUAGAUACGAAUCAGAGUGUGUACCUGUUUUACUCUGGCCUUUUGUACUGGAUUGUAUAACUGCAUAUUGAGAUGUUUUAUCAUAUAAAGACUGCGAUCCUGUGGAAAAGCAUUACUUACGAUCUAAAGGCUACAAUUUCCUAUAGUCUGUGUAUAACCACAAUUUCUAUUCAGUCCAUGGAUUGUUGAUUAAACGAUGUGGAAUAUGG